CGCAUGCUCAAUGCGCAGUGGAAGCCAUGUUGGAGUUACAGUGGAUUCGGGCUGGGAUUUUCUGACGCCGUAUGUUUUUCUUAAAUUAUCUGGUUUCUAACGCCGUCGGGGUUCGUCAACCGUGCGCUACUGGCGCCGUAAUCGGCCGUGGAAAUGAUGAACUCCAGUGUCGACCUGUCCCGGCGAAAUCCGCAGGAGGAUUUCGAGCUGAUCCAGAGGAUAGGAAGCGGCACAUACGGAGAUGUGUACAAGGCUCGUAAUGUGAACACAGGAGAGCUGGCUGCUAUCAAAGUCAUCAAACUGGAACCGGGUGAGGACUUUGCCGUCGUCCAGCAGGAGAUCAUCAUGAUGAAGGACUGCAAACACUCCAAUAUCGUCGCCUAUUUUGGCAGUUAUCUCCGGAGAGAUAAGCUGUGGAUCAGUAUGGAGUACUGUGGAGGAGGUUCUCUGCAGGAUAUCUAUCACGUAACCGGGCCUUUGUCGGAGUCACAGAUAGCCUACAUGUCACGGGAAACCCUGCAGGGUUUGUACUACCUACACAAUAAAGGAAAAAUGCACAGAGACAUUAAGGGAGCCAACAUCCUCCUGACAGACAACGGCUACGUUAAACUAGCUGACUUCGGUGUGUCAGCCCAGAUCACGUUAACCCUCGCCAAGAGGAAGUCGUUCAUUGGAACUCCUUACUGGAUGGCUCCAGAGGUGGCGGCUGUGGAGAGGAAAGGCGGCUACAACCAGCUGUGUGAUAUCUGGGCCGUGGGCAUCACCGCGAUAGAGCUGGCCGAGCUGCAGCCGCCCAUGUUUGACCUGCACCCUAUGAGGGCUCUGUUCCUAAUGACCAAGAGUAAUUUCCAGCCUCCUAAGUUGAAAGAUAAACUCAAGUGGACAAAUAACUUCCACCAUUUUGUCAAACUAGCCCUGACCAAGAACCCAAAGAAGAGGCCCACGGCUGAGAAACUGCUCCAGCAUCCUUUCGUGUCGCAGCCUCUGAGCCGGACGUUGGCGAUCGAGCUGCUGGACAAAGCCAACAACCCCGACCACAGCACCUACAACGACUUCGACGACGACGACCCCGAGCCUGAGUCUCCGGUCUCUGUUCCUCAUCGCAUCCGUUCCACCAGCAGGAGCACCAGAGAAGGAAAGACUCUGUCUGAGAUUAACUUUGGUCAGGUGAAGUUCGAUCCUCCACUGAGAAAGGAAACGGAACCCCAUCAUGAACCGUGUGAUUCUGAGCCCUAUCUGGACUGUGUUGAGGAGCUCUACUAUACCGCGAGAUCUAAUCUGGAUUUGCAGUUGGAGUACGGCCACGAUUCGCCGAGUCUGCUGGGAGGAAACAAGAGUCUUCUUAAAUCCGUGGAGGAGGAGCUGCAGCAGAGGGGCCAUGUGGCACACUUAGGGGAUGAUGAGGAUGAGGAUGAUGAUGGUGCAGAUGAUGAUGAAACUCACACUCACAAAUCCAGCACGAUCAUGAGGCCAAAGGUCCCUCCACCGCUUCCUCCUAAGCCCAAGUCGAUCUGCUCGUCCCAAGCGCCGCCUCAACAGCAGCAGAAACAGGACGACAGCCAAUCGCACAGCGAGGACGACGGCGGAGGGGGAGGGACCAUCAAACGCUGUCCUGUCCCGGAGACGCCGAGCCCCGCCAAGCCCGCCUCCAACGUCCCGCCGCGGCCGCCGCCCCCCAAGCUGCCGCCCCACCGCCGCAGCAGCCUAGGUAACGAGAGCCCGAAGCGCAGAGACGUGGAGCGCUCUGCCCCAGAGGAUGAUGGGAGCUUUAGGCAUUUCUGGGAGUGGCUCCACACGCCUCACACUGAGGAGGAGCUGGAGGAGGCGUGGGAGGUGCUGAAGGAGGUGAAAGAGGAGCAGGAAAAAGAGGAGGAAGAGAGUAACGGGCUGAACUCUCCCCACAACGGAGAGAGGGACAGUCCAGCAGAGAGGCAGUCCACCAUGCCCCCUAGUGUCCCCAUACGGAAAGACAAGAAGGACGUGCCGAAGCCGAUCAGUAAUGGUCUCCCUCCAACACCCAAAGUCCAUAUGGGUGCGUGUUUCUCCAAGGUGUUCAACGGCUGUCCUCUGAAGAUCCACUGCGCCACUUCAUGGAUCAACCCCGACACCAGAGACCAGUAUUUGAUAUUCGGAGCCGAGGAGGGAAUCUACACGUUAAAUCUAAAUGAGCUGCACGAGACGACGAUGGAACAGCUCUUCCCUCGGCGGUGUACUUGGCUGUACGUCAUGAACAACUGUCUUCUUUCCAUAUCUGGAAAAGCCUCCCAGCUGUACUCCCACAGUCUGAGCGGUCUGUUCGAACAGGCCCGACAGCUCCAGAAGCUGCCUGUAGCCAUUCCCACACACAAGCUGCCUGAUAAGAUGAUUCCCAGGAAGUUUGCUGUGUCCAAUAAGAUUCCAGACACUAAAGGGUGCCAAAAGUGCUGCGUAGUUCGUAACCCGUACACCGGCCAUAAGUACCUGUGUGGAGCCUUCCAGUCCAGCGUCAUGCUGCUGGAGUGGGUCGAGCCCAUGCAGAAGUUCAUGCUCAUCAAGAACAUUGACUUCCCGUUGCCGUGUCCGCUGGAGGUCUUUGAGAUGUUGGUGGUCCCGGAGCAGACCUACCCUCUGAUCUGUGUGGCGGUCAGUAAAGGAACCGAGCUCAACCAGGUGGUCCGGUUCGGCACCGUCAACCCCAACUCUACCUCCUCCUGGUUCACAGAAGCAGACACGCCACAGACAUGCGUGAUCCACGUCACUCAGCUAGAGAGGGACACCAUCCUCGUCUGCCUCGACAGGUGUAUAAAGAUCGUGAACCUCCAGGGCCGGUUGAAAUCCAGCAGAAAGCUGUCGGCUGAGCUCACCUUCAACUUCCAGAUUGAAUCCAUAGUUUGCCUCCAAGACAGCGUCCUGGCCUUCUGGAGACACGGCAUGCAGGGACGGAGUUUCAAGACCAACGAGAUCACUCAGGAGAUCUCUGACAGCACACGCAUCUUUAGACUACUGGGAUCAGACAGGGUGGUGGUGCUGGAGAGCCGGCCGACGGACAACCCCACAGCCCACAGCAACCUCUACAUCCUGGCGGGCCACGAGAACAGCUACUGAGACGCUCAUUAACACUUUCCCCCCGUCACUAUCGCAGACUGCAGGGGAGAGCUCGUCCCUCCGCUAACCUACCAACCCUUCACCUGUGCGACCGGCAGGCGAGCAGAUUUUAGAAAAGCACCGCGGUGUCGUCAGUGAAGCGUGUCGUGUUUAGAGCAGGUUUAAAAGCACCGGUUUGGGUUGAGCUAGACGAGGAAUCUCCUCUCUGCACCUUAGAAGACUUUCCUGAUUCCCCCCCCGCUGCAUUCUGGGAAUAAAAGCGCAUCCAACACUACUUCUACUACUACUUCUACACAUACUACUACUACUACUGCUACUGCUUCUCGUGCUAAAGCUUCACAGAAGACCAUCCUGCACACAAAACCUUCUCAUUCCCCUCUUUCCUUUAUAUUUUCUUUCUUUUUUUAAAACCUCCCUCCUUUAUUUAUUGUGGCAUGACGUAACUUUAACAACCGGGAUCCCGUUUUAUUCAUUUUUUUUCAUUUUAAAGGAUAAAAAAAAGAGACUAAAAAAACAAAAAAAAGCUUCGCCGCUUUCCGCUGGCAUCCAUCCCCCGCCGCCUCACACCACACACAAGUGCUUAAUUGACCUCUAUUUAAUUGUUGUAAAUAUAAAUGUAGUAUUUUUUUGACAGAGACGAACACUAAGCGGGCCGGUCGUUGUAGAUAGGGCGUGUGUAAAGUCGCAGAUGUAAAACCGCCGAGACGGAAACGUUCAGAUUCACCUUCACCGAUCAUGAGACGAGAAAGCCACGCCCCCCCGCCCGCCGCCUCCUCGGCUUCAGCUAUCCUAUAAUACUCCCGCCGAAGCGUCAGGACCGGGAGGCGCCGCUCGAUCGGCCGCCCUGCAUGCAUCCGAUGCCGCCGCGGCUUCCUGCCUGUUCACACCAUAGCAACCGUCGUCGGGGCAACGUUCAGAGUUCCAUUGGGUUCCAUCGUCCCGUUCAUGUUUUUAAGAGCUGUUUUAAAAUCACGUCUUUAUUUGUUCUUUAAUGCUUUUUUUUUUAAUCGAACCACUGGUGUUAAAAAUUUUGCACAAAGAAAAAAAAAUGUAUUUCAUAAACAAAUGUGAUGUCAUUAUAAUAUAUGACCGUGUGUGUGUGUGUGUGUGUGUGUGUGUGUGUGUAUGUUCAUAGACACAGAAUAUGCACAUACGAGUGCAUCACGUUCAGAUCCGGCCUUUAAUGAGUGACGGCUGCUUAAAAAAGAACAUCAAAAGCUGGAUUUACUCAGAAAUAAACAUUUUAAGCCAUAGUUUUAAGCAUUAACGUCCAAAAAAGCAACAUUCAAACACAAAGAGCUCUAAUAAAAUCCCUUUUUAGUCCAAGAUAAACCUCUAAAGACCUCUAAGAAGUGUGUUAAAGCUUCACCUGUACAGUUUUUGUAAACAACAAGGAUCCCUUGUUGCUCUAUGAUUGCUUAGAUGUAACUCUACACACUUGUUUCUUUUUAGAUUUUGCAUCUCGAGCACACUGUACUCAACGCUGUGCUACGGCAGCUUGUAAUAUUAGAACAGGGAAGUCAGACUCAUCCAGCCCAGUUUGGUCUCCAGUGACCAGUAAAAUUAUAACAUAAUAACCUAGAAAUAUCCACAACUCCACAUAUUUCAUUUGAUUUAGUGCAAAAAAACGUACAUUCUGACACAUUUAAAGACUUCAAAUCAAAUCAAAUCAAACUUUAUUUGUAUAGCACCUUUCAUCCAUUAAAAUGUAACACAAAGACUUAUUACAAAACAUCCUAAACAACUUGAAAUUUGUUAAAAAUAAGUUCAGUUUCAUCCACAUUCAGCCCCAGUUUAUCAUUUCCACAUUACAACUUCCAGAUCAGUGUCUACAAAGGAACACAACAUUUAGUCACCUGGAACUGAACCAUGGAGGAUUUACUUUAAAAAAAAGACGGCAAAACAACAGAACAUUCCAAAAAUGAGACACAAAUGACAAAAGUGAGCAACAAAAUGACAAAAAAUGAGACAAACCACACGAAACAAAACAAAAAGGGACAACAAAUUUGGCAGAAAAAGUUACAAAAAUGGACAAACAAGGCAAAAAAGACAAAAUAUAACAAAAAUGAUCCCCAAAGCAAUGAAUAAAGCAAAAGACAGAAGCGAGACAAAAGGGAGACAAAACGGCAAAAACGAGAAACAAAACAACAGAAAUGAAACAAAUGAUAAAAAAUCAGACAAAAACAAACAAAAAAAGCCCGCGGGCCUCAUGUUGGACACCCCUGCUUUAGAGUGACUCGGCUGUACAUGUUUUAAUGUUUUAGAAAACCUGAACGUUGACAGGAUUCUGGUUCUGUCGGCUUGUUUUGUAUCAUCGCUGCACAGCUGUGGCUUUUUCAACCUGUAGCAUCCAUUUACAGGUUAAAAAGCUCAGUUUUCACCAGAAUAAGUCUUUAAAACAGUAAUAAAGGUGAUUUUAAUGAUUAAAAAUUAACUGUAAUUCACUUGGAAUUACAAAAACCUAUUCUGUUUGAGAAAGGGAAAAAGCACUGUUAGCUUUUAAAACAUAUUUAAAGUGAAACACUGAGCUAAAAGCAGCUAAUAUCUGUAGCUACCCAGGAAAAGUCUCAUUAUCCUGUUUAUUUUAUGACUUUAGUCCAGAAUCCACCCUGGAAGCGUCGCCCAGUUUGUGCUUUUCAUCAGAUUUUCAUUUCAGUGUGAGUCCGAGCCUUUUAUGUAUUUAUUCCCGUAACGUUUUUAAAAUCCAGUUUAAAGCUUCAUCCGUCGCCGCUGUGACUCCUUAAAGGCCGGCGUCUGCACCGGAGAUCACACUACAUGCAUGUAGAUGUGCACUGCGUGGCGUGUAGCAGCGUGAGUGGCAGUACACUAGCAGUCCUUACAAGCUGUGACACUCGAGGUUUCUUCUGUUUAACACUAGUUUAGAUGAACCUAACUGAGGGGAAAAAUCUGUAGAAUCUUCAGAGCUCAAACUCGAUUUCGACGACUUUAGUUUCUCACGUUUUCUCCACACAUGUACAGCUGGAAACUCAACCUGAACACUGAAGAUAUAUUAUGUAGAGACACUUUGGGAGUGGUGUCGUCUCUAAAUUUAAUCACAAAUGCAGUCUUUUUCUGUUUUAAGAGCCAAAAAACCUGCUUCUGCUGCCAUCUUGUGAGUAAUUUUAAGAUCCCCCUCCCCCCCCAUUUUUGCAAACAACUAGAAUCUUGUUGAUAAAACAGGAAAAAAACAGCAAAUCCAGUGUUUUUCUUUUAAAUGUUGAAUAAACUGAAGAUCACAAGCUUCAGCUCCGUAUAAAAUGUGUCCCUAAAUGUCAUGGAAGGGCCUCUAAAGGAGAAAUUCUGAUGUGUUUGAGGCUGAAAAUGUAAGAAGACAUUUUAACAGCUGUGUGAAGUGGAAGUUCAGAAAAUUCAGAAGUUCGCUGUUUUAAUUGGAUUUAUUUGUGGAUAAAACUUCAACUUAAACAAAUCCAGCUGAAUGUCAACAGUUUAAAUCAUCUCUGAGGGUCUAAAUUUCACUUUUUUAAGCAGAAGUGUUGCUUUGUGGCCGAUAAAGACUUACUCCACAUCUACAGAAGAGAUAAAUGUCAGAUCUGUUUGUUCCAUCUUCAAGUCCAGAAAUGUGCUCCAGCUGAACACAGUUUUUUUCCUCUUAAAUAUUUAGAAUUCAGUCAAAUCUCAGAAAAAUCUAAUGUCUUUCCCAAAUGAGUGAUUUAAGCCAGAAAACUCGUGCUUCCUGCCAACGGACCGGUUAUGACUUCAGGGCUGCAGCCAAGUUUUAUUUACAGUUUUUUAAGCAGAAACUGCUCCAUCAUUGUCAAAAAGCUUCAGUUUUUUUCAUUGAUUUCGUGCCACCAGUCCUGCAUGACGGAGCUGUUUAACAGUUUGUGUGUUUGGGGAAAAAAUAAAAGAAACAUUCCUUUAAUGUAAUGCCAAAAUAUGUCGUUAAAGCUCCUCAUGGCCAUAUUUAGAUGUUCUACCUCGUCGUUUGUCCUAGACGAUUAAAAAAACAAACAUUUCUGAUUCUUAAAACAGCCAUCGUCUAAAGUUAAAACAUCUUCUCUAAACUCAUCACAGUCGACGUGGAAAUGAACAAAAGUUACUCAUCAUGAAUACAAAGAAAUUUCCGCUAAAAAAUAUUUUUAGUGGAAUGUUCUGUAAAAAUAUAAACAGUUUAUCUUAAAUUUUGAGAUUUCAAAAACGUCCUUUUCAAGUGGUUCUAACUUCUCCUGCCUGUUUUUGUUUUUCCGUGACUUUAAAACGUUAAAAAUGUGCACGUCUGGGAUCGUUUUAGCAUAGUAGAAAGCUUAUGUGGGAUCUGUUUGGUAAACUUCUGCCAUCGUAGACGCAGAAUAAAUCUGUAAUUAUGAAAGCAGGCGCCGACACGGCUUUCCUAUUUGCUGAAAUGUUCACGUCUGAUUUUGAAACUUGGAUUAAAUCACAUGUGGAAUAAAUCACCAGAUGUGUUAAAGUUAUGAAUUAGACAUCACUAAAGUAAACUAAAUUGGCAUUAAGAUGAUUUUCCUGUCGCUAACGCCGUCUCAAAGCAGAUUAAAUUCCGUUCCUGUGAGUUUAUUCCAGCGUCGGUUUGAUCCAGGUCUCCUCCUAGCCUUCAGACUCUGUUAAGUCACCUCUGUACUGUCGCUUUUUACAUCACCUUUGUCUUUUGUUUUCAUGAUGCGACGCAAACAUUAUGAAAUGUAUAUAGUGUAAAAUAAAAAUGGGUUUGUUUUACAUACUGUAUAAUUGCCUAUAUUUUGUUUCAGAAGUGUAACAGAUUUAUGAGAUGACAGGUUAACACAAUAAAAAGAAGGAGCUCAA